GGUCUGUCAUAGGAAAAGAGCGUGAUUGAAUUUCUUGUUUUAGAAGGAGAAUCCACUGAUAACAUAAAAAAGAGACUUCAAAAUGUUUGCACGGACCAAGCUCCAGAUUUUGGCAUUGUAUAUAGACGUUUGAGAAAUGAACCAGAAGUAGAGGUAGAAGUGUCCAUAUGGUUGUUAGACAAGCGUCGUCCGGAGGAGUCAGCCGGGAAAAAUCAUGGCAAUUGUGUUUUGGGACCUUCAUAGUGUGCUUCUCACGGAUUUUUUUACCGCGAGGAACAAUUGUCCUUUCUGAACCCUACAUUGAAACACUGAAACGAUUGAAAGCGAGAAUUCGACGAAUCAGACCAAAUUUGAACAUGGAAAGAAUGUUUUUCUCAACAUGACAAUGCCCACCUGCGUUCGAGCACCGUUUAUGUGGAAAACACUAAACGUAUUCUCCUGCUUUUGGCUCCUUUAGACUUCCACCUUUUCGGUCCUUGAAAAGAACCAUUGACCGGUCAACAUUAUGGAAACGAUGGAGAAAUCAAGACUGCUGUAGCCCUGAGACCAACCUGAUAAGUUUUACCAAGCUGGCAUAUAUGGACUUAGUAAAAGGUGGAUAGUGGCUAUUUAACGAAAUGGAGACUAUAUUGAGAAAUGAACAUCUGAUCCUUAGAUGCUCCUCUUCAAUUUGAGGUAUGAUAGUUGCAAGUGUGUUAUUUUUACUUUAAGUUAUAAACGAACUUGCAUUACUUUUUGACUCACCCUGGUACUUUCCUAUAGGAAGACACAUCUCAUGCAGCCAGCCUACGGAUAUCAUGUUCCUGCUGGAAGAUUCUCGAAAUAUUCAGAGCACCAGCUUCAGGGAAAUGAUCAGCUUUGUGAAGGGACUGGUGGCCCAGUUUGACAUUAGCGCGGCCGGUACCAAGGUCGCCCUCGCAACCUUUGGUAAAAAGUUAAAUACGGAGUUUGACUUCGGAGCUUACAACUCACUGGCAGAGGUGGAGCAUGCUUUGGACUAUGUUCACUUGGAAAAUGGGGACGAGACAAAUAUAGGCAAAGCUAUUAGUUAUGCCCAUUCUACGCUGAUCAGCCACCAAAGGCCAGGUGUCCCUCACAAGCUAAUCAUCAUCAUAAACGGUGCGUCCAGCGACCAGAAAGAGGCGUCCAAAGCUGCAUAUCUCGCCCGAGAGGAUGGGGUGGAAAUCAUUGUCAUUGGUAUCGGCAGCCAAAACAACACCCAGCUACAAGAUAUGGCCAGUAAGCCUGCCAGCAAUUACCUGUUCCCAGUCACGGAGUUCCCAAAACUUUCUUCUAUCGGCGAUCAAGUGAAACAGAAGACUUGUCCUGAGUGCCAACUGAGGCCAGCGGAAGUGGUGUUUGUGUUGGACGAGUCCAGCAGUAUCUUCAUUCCUGACUUCCUGAAACAACUGGCCUUUGUAUCAAACCUCAUCAACUUGUUUAACAUUGGCAAAGACAAGACCAGAGUCGCCGUCGUCUCCUUCAGCACCAACGCAACCGUAGAUUUCCAUCUUGACGAAUAUGAUGAGAAGAGCGAAUUGAAAGAGCGCAUAGGGAAGAUUCGCUACACUGGGGGCUCCACCAACACAGGUGAUGCCCUCAAACUGGUCAACGACUCGGUGCUCACCUCAGAACAUGGCAUCAGGUCUGAUGUGCGCCAUGUUGUCAUUGUCAUCACUGACGGCCGUUCUGAGAACUACAUCGACACUCAGGUUCAGGCCGAAGCGCUCAAAGACUCAGGGGCCUUGGUGUUUGCGAUAGGAGUGGGCUCUUAUGUAGACGACCUGGAGUUGCAAGGAAUUGCCUCUACACCAUCCGAUCAUUACCUGUUUAAGACAACCGGAUAUGACGCACUCCCGUCCAUCAAAGACACCCUCGCUAUCCGUGCCUGUGGGCAGACGAUCCAGCAGACGAUCGGACGCAGAUAGACGCCAAGAAAGGAGA